CCUUUGCUUUUCUUCUCUUCAGUCAAGACACGGCUUUCGUUUCGUGCAUUAUAUCUAUCUCUCUCACUCUCUCUCUCUCUCUCUCUCUCUCUCUCUCUCUCAUAUACACAAAUACAUAUAUAUUUAUUUAUUUGUUUUAUUCAUUCUUUAUUUAUUUGUAAACAAAAUAUUGUUUCUAACUAUGUAUUAUUAUUAUUAGUAAAAAGCUUCUUUUAUUCAUUCUCUCUCUCUCUCUCUCUCGCUCUCUCUCUCUCUCUCUCUCUCUUUCUUUCUCUAUCUGUCUCUCUCUUUUUCUCAUCUUAAGGAGGUAAGACACAAAGUCUCAUUUCUUUUUAUCCAUCGUGAACAAGCUUGAGUGUCCUUUUUUUUCUUUCUCUAGGAAAGUGUCUUAGAAACGUGCCUAAUUGGAUUCGAAGUUUUAUCCAUCUUGUGUUCUUCUACUUCGCUUAUCCCAUCCAUUCUGUAAAUGAAAUUUAUUUUGUGCCUGGCUCUUCUCACUCUAGCAGCUUGUGAUCACACCCAUUGUGAUACAUACAUACCUAACAUCUAUUCGCUCUAACGCAUUUCGCUCAUUCACAUUUUUAUAGUUAACAACGUCGCAUCGAGUUUCUAUUAUCACCGUAACAAGAAAAGAUAUUACAAGUACUACAAAGAUGACCGCCGAACAACGAUCACCUAAUCCUGCAAAAGCCUCCCCAAGUUCUAUAACAAUAGCUAUAUCCGUUUUAACGCAUCUUCUUUUAUUGGCACCCGUUAUAUACAUCAUCGUGCUAUCAGCCAAAAAUUACAGUCCCUUCUCGUGGCAUCCGAUAUUAACAACGAUCGGGAUCGGUCUGCUCAUGUUAGAAGCAGUCUUUUGCGUCUCAGGCGAAGCUUAUGUCUCUUCAAGGAUAACAAGGAAGAAUCGAAUUUUGAUACAUUGGUUGCUACAAAGUUUAGGAUUUGGUCUUAUGUUAGCUGGAGUGAUCGUUAUAAUCGUUAGGAAAGAAAGUCGUAAAAAUCCUGUACAUUUUAAAUCGGUACAUGGAAAGCUUGGAUUAUCCGCAACGAUACUUUGCGCAUUGAUAAUAAUAAGUGGUAUUUUCGCCGAUAAUACAAAAUGGUUUUAUCCACGUGUUAGACCAAUUACCAUUAAGAUCAUUCAUGCAGUAGCUGGUAUGCUCGUUACAAUUAUUUCACUUGCCACUGUCAUUAAUGGUACUUAUAGUUGGUGGCCUAGUACCAUCGUUGGAAGAGAUUUAACAUUUGCAUCGUUCGUUAUAGGUACAUUUUUCAUAAUGAUUAAACCGAUGUUAGGUGCCGUGUCAAGAAGCAAAUUCAUGUUUCGAAAAACGCCUUCCAAUACGUGAACCCUCAUUUUUUCUCAUAUCUCGUGGAUUCCUUUUUUUCUUUUAUCUCUUUUGAGAUCCACGCGCCAAGGGAAAUAAUCUACUUUUUUUUAUGAUUUGAAAUGAUAUUCAAAUCUAUUUCAUUAUCAUAGACUACAUAUAUAUAUAUAUAUAUAUAUAUAUAUAUAUGUAUGUAUGUAUGUAUGUAUGUAUAUGUAUGUAUAUAUAUGUAUAUAUAUAUAUAUAUAUAUAUAUAUAUUGUAUAUAUAUUUAUAUAGCGAAUGUAUAUACGUAUAUAUGUAGAUUAAAGCAAGUCAAGAAUAUCGUUCGAAACGAUACCAUAUGCUAAAUGUGACAGAAGCUUGAUCUGUUGAUCCGUCGAUAAGAUAAAAGAAAAUAUAUGAGAAUUCGUGAAUUUUUAUUAAUGAUUAUUUAAAAGAUUCAAAAUACAUUAGCACUAACGAAAGAUAUAUUUUUAUAUAUAUAUACACAUACAUAUAUGUCUACUUAUUAAAAAUAUUCGAUUAGAAUGUUGAAUAUUAUCGAUUCAAAGGAAAGAAAAUUUACGCUUAUCGUAAAUACACCUGUAUUAAUGUAUAUAUAUAUAUAAACUAUAUAUUAUAUAUCUGGAUUUUCAUAAUGAACGUAUAUAAAUAAAUUCAUGUAGAAAAAUUUACAUAUAAAAUAAAUUUUUAUAUAAAAAACAAAAAGAAAAGAGAAAAAAAUAAAGAUACGCUAAAAUUUUUAAUUAUUAUUUUUACGUAAGUGAUAUAGAUACUAUUAUCUAUACUUUUUUCAUUUAUAUGAGUAAUAUUACUAUUAUAUAUAUAUAUAUAUAUAUAUAUAUAUAUAUAUAUAUAUAUUUAUACUUACACAUUAUUGUAAAAUAUAUAAUUAUAAUGUGUUCAAAGUACAAGCGGAUAGGCGGCAAAUACAUCGUCAACCGUAUAUAUCAACACUUUAUUAAUUACACACGCAUCGUAUACAUAUACAUAGAAUAUAUAUAUAAUGUAUAUAUAUCUUUUCGCAACGUAAUGUAGAUGUAUAUAAUAAUACAACGUCAUUAUUCGAUAUCUCUCAACAUAUUUCUCUUUCUUCCUCUUCCUAUCUCUCUCUCACUCUCUCUCUCUCUCUCUCUCUCUCUCUCUCUCUCUCUCUCUCUCUCUCUCUCUCUCUUUCUCUUAUUUAUUUUUAUUUUAUUUAUAACUCAUAAUGUAAUUCUCUUAUUCUUUUUAUUUAAAGAAUCUCUUUUCAAACCAAAUUCUCUCUCGCCGUACCUGUGUGUAAUAUUUUAAGAGAGUUUUACUUAACAUUAUCCAACAACGUGUAUACAUAUAUAUUUUUAUAUACAUAUAUAUCUGUGUCUGUAUCAUGUAUAAUAAUACGUGAUUAUUCGUACAAUAUACAUACAAUAUAUCUCUCCUCCGUUUUCUCUUUUUCUCUUUUCCUAUCUUCUAUAUAAUCCUCUUUUCUCUCUCUCUCUCUCUCUCUCUCUCUCUCUCUCUCUCUCUCUCUCAC